CACGUAAUGUGAUUCCGGCGCUGGGAUGAGGUUUCGGGUGUGAUUUUCCGAAUUUCUCCGAGAAAGCUUAUUGAAACACUUUCACAAAAAUAUUCCACGGCUCACCUCUCGCUCGGCUUCUCGUUCGGCAUGGAGCACACCUAUGCCGUCCAAGCCACUGCCAUGAGUGCCGGAGCGGAGUAUCUCAUCGAGGGCUGAAACUCACUCUUUGUUCCAAGAGACUGAUGAUCAACCCAUUCACUCGGCCUUGUGAACUCAUCUCUACCUAAGAUUGAGCAGUUCUCAUGUCUUUCAUACGCUCCUUCCGACUCGUGCCACUCAUGGCUCACGGCGUGAUCCGAUGUCCGAUCUAGUCAUAGAUGAUCAUGUAAUAGAGUUUGUAAGGCGUAGUAAGAUUUCUGCAAGCACUCAUAAUAGAGCUUCAUCUCCGACUAAAUCGAGGUUUAAACUCUCUUCUCCGUCUGUGAACCACUAACAUCGCCGACGGCGUUACCAAGAUCUACCAUUACAAACCUCCAUCUACUCUAUUUCCUAAGCGCCCUUGCGAUAAUGGCUGCCCAAACUCACGCGAUCCCAACUGUUGACAUCAGUCCCUUCGUUAACAAUGCCCCAGCCAAGGAGCUUCUUGACGUUGUUAAGGCUAUGAGACACGCAGCAACAGUCUAUGGCUUCUUCUACCUCGUUGGUCAUGGCGUCACCCUCGAAGAGCAGAAUAGGGCACUCGACUGUGCAAAGCUAUUCUUUACGCUCUCCGAGGAGGAGAAGAUGGACGUCUGGCUCAAGAAGUCGCUUGGGAAAUCCCACCGUGGCUAUGAGCCGCCGGGAAUCCAGACUCAUCAAAAGGGCUUGCUGCCCGACACCAAAGAGGCCUUCAUCAUCGGCGCCGAGGUCCCAGAGGAUGACCCCGAGGCCGGGACAUUCUCCACGGGACCAAACCUAUGGCCCAAGUCCCUGAAACCUGAAGACUUCCAGAUCCCCAUCAUGGAGUACCAGGCCAAGAUGCUCGACCUCGUCAAGAUCCUCCUGAAGAUCCUGGCGCUGGGCUUGCCCGAGGAGUGGGGGUGCCCGCCCGACGUCCUUGACGCGCUCGCUGUCAAUCCGUCGAUGCCGAUGCGGCUGCUUCACUACGCGCCGAAUCCUACGCAUAACAACACUUGUUUCGGAGUUGGCGACCACACUGACUUUGGCUGUAUCACCGUUCUGCUCCAGGAGCCGAACAGAGAGGGUCUGCAGGUCUGGUACCCUCCCACAGAGACCUGGAUCCCGGUGCCUGUCAAGGAGGGCUCGUACGUAAUUAAUAUUGGCGAUAUGGUGCAGAAGUACACUGGGGGCUACUAUCGUAGCGCCCGACAUAGGGUUGUCAACGGUGGCAAGGAACAUCGCUAUAGCGUCCCGUUCUUCUUGAAUGGGCAGUUGAAGCUUAAGUGCACUGCGCUUGAUGGCUCUGGCGUCGAGACGAUUGUUGGCGAACACAUCAGGCAGCGACUCAUUGAUACUAUGGGCGAGAGUGGUAAGGCUCUUCAGUGAGAUUGUGCGAUGCGCAUCGCUUGGCGAGGGUGGUAGUCUAUGUUACAUAAGCUGUUACGCUGUGUAGUAGAGAAAUUUGAAAGUUGUUUGAACCUCAUAUACAUUGUGUGAUGCAUCGCUACAUAAUCAUGCUGAUCAUCAAGUUCUA